AUGGCAAGGAACUUGCUCUACGGAAAAGCCGACAGUGACUCCACCUCGACUUGGGACGGAGUCUGGACUCUUCUCUUUCCCGACGACCUCGAAGUACCAGACUCAGACUUUACCCCAGUGACCGAACAGGUCGAAGUGGAGCAAGCCUUUGAUGAAGGGCAAGAUAUGCUGAAGGAAAGUCUGCGAGAAAAGCUUCAACUCCUGCUUCCCGAGGCUCUCAAUACAGACUACCUCAGCUUCCUUACAGGCCAGCUUGAGCUGGUCUUCGAGACACACAAAGUCAACAUGAUGAAACAGUCCCUCGGCCGCUGUAGCUCAACAGUAAGCGGAGCGCAACCGUCUAGGACGCAAAAAGCUGAGCAACCAAGCCCGCCGAGAAAACCGAACCGUCGAUCGCGGCGAAGCACAAUCCUCCAAAACAUCCACCGCAACAGCACACAAGACCCAACCCUUGGCCCCGCCUGCCGCCGAGCCUCCCACAUGAGCAGUAUCAACGGCAACAACAAACGCGCAAGCCGCCCCUUCAGCGAGCAGUCCUUUCUAUGCCGGGCCGACCUCCAACUACCCACGACGGUGACAGCGGAAACUCACACAACCGCCGCCACCACACCACCCCCCAUGGAACAACGCCACCACCCCGCGGCUCGUCCUAGUACCCACGACAAUACCGGCAUCAACGCCCUAAGCAACCCGCGCGACUCGCGCGACUCGGGCAUCAGCAUGCCGUGCGACGCGUGCGCUCUCGAACCAUGCGCCUGUGUAGAUCACCACCAGCAGAUCAAAGGGGAUGUUGAACCCGCUGAUGGUUGUAACAACGACGAUGGCAAAUGGGAGGAGGAACAUCAUGAUCCUCCUCCUCGCCGCGCCUCUCCAGGCGGCCGCCCAGCCUUCCCCCGGCGGAGCCGGUUGAGUAUUCAGACGGCGGAUUUGCAUCUGCGGGGACGGAGUUGGGGGCUGGGGGGUUGGGAGGGGGAUGGUGAUGGGGAUGGGGAUGGGGAUGGGGAAGGGCACGCAGGGGCGGCGGGAGUUGAGAAGGAGGGUGAGAGUGGUGGUGGGGAUGGAGGCGGGUUUUCGCCAGAGUCGUUUAAGCAGCGGUUGUUGAGGGGGCGGUUGAUGGGGGUUUAG